UGGCGGCCUAGAAGCAGGUGCUUGAAAAACACAAGGAACUUUUCACAUAUUUUGGACUAAAAUACCCAAAAUGUAAAAAAUGACAAUGAUCCCACACAAAGGAUCAAGCAAGAUCAUUGUGGUUUACUACUGAAACAAAACAACAAGACAGCACCAAAAGAAGACAACAAUAUGGCAAAUAAGAAUAAAAAAGUGAACUUUUUCGCCAAACAUUCAAACUUUAACCUGAAUGUGAGGCUUGAAACUGGAGAAGUGUUUCCUCUGAAGAACAUCACACCAGACAUGAAGAUCAGUGAACUGAAGAGUUAUAUUGAGUUUGCUGCAGGAAUUCCAUAUCACAUGCAAAGGCUGAAUUAUCUGGAUGAAGGUGACCUGCAAGAUGAUACAGAUAUCAGAUAUAAUGACAUAGUUCCUGGAGGUACACUGGCUCUCAAAGUGUGGCACAUGUGGAAAAACUUGGUGGAGGCAGCAGCUUCUAAUGAUGUUGAAGCCGUGAUGAAGAUGGGUGUGAGUAACAAAAUAGACUUUAAGACCCCCAACUCAGAAUACAUGGGCAGUAAAAACAAGGCGGUGUGGAUCGCAGAGAGAGCAUUUGUUGCCCUCUACAUCGCCUCACACAGAGGUCACUUGAAGAUGGUUCAGAAACUCAUUCAGGCAGGUGCCAAUGUCAAUGCUCAAACUCCAAAAGGCCGAUCAGCAUUACAUGUGGCAGCAGCUCAAGGACAUGGGAAAAUUGUUGAUUUGUUGUUAGAAAAAGGUUCUAAUAUCAAUGCAGCAGAUCAGUUUGGUGAUUCUGCCCUACAGAUAGCCACCAAGUUUGGACACAAAGGAUGUGAGCGCCACCUAUUUUUGUUCCGCUGGCAGGAACGCGCAAAAAAGACAAAACCCAGCUUCCAGGACAUUCCUUUAAUGGCGCAUCAGUUCUUCGAUUCCAAGUUUCCAGUCUGGUUGCAUGGCAACCAUGGGCAGGUUUAUUUUCAAAAGAUACUUCCUCCUGGUGAAUUCGAAGGAACAGCUUUUCAUGCUCCUCGAAAUAAAGAGCGCCCAAGUUCAGCCCCAAAAGAAAGAGAAAAGGGUUCCAGGGAGUCAAAUAAAUCAAAAGAAGAAGAUAUACAGGUUGAUCUUGGAACAGAGACACUGAAAAACGUGAUGGAGAUAGAGGCAGAGGCCAACAGACACAAAGAUUACCUCAAAUCUCUGGCUAAUAAAAAGGUAAAGAUAGGAGGCAGAGGUUCUCCGAAGAUGCCAGCUAUUGAAGAACGCAGCAUGUCAGGUAGUGCAGCUACUUCCCGAAAUCCAAAAUCUGUCAAAUCUGGUGCAAGUGACAGAGAGCACACAGAAUUGUAUGGGAGCCCCGUGGAUGAGAAAGGGAAUCCCCGCCCCUCUAGAGGCAGUGGGACCGGCACAAGGAGUUCCCACGGGAGUCCUUCUAAAUCCGUGAGUGGGGUGCCCAAAACUCCGAUGAGUGGCAAGUCCAGUGGAAGGUCUAGGAGUUAUGGGUUUAGCAAAGGCUCAGACAUUGAUGACAAAUCCAAAGCUAGUCCAAAGACUUUUGAUGAUUGGUUAAAAGUGAAGAAAGAUCAAGAAGCAAGGCAAAUAGAAGAUCAAAAGUUGUUAGAGGAAGAAAAACGGAAAGAAAAGGAAUUGGAAGCGAGGGAAAAGCUUCUACGGGAAGCAUCAUAUGACCAGUGGCUGCAGGAAAAAGAGAAAUAUGUCAAAAAAGAAGCUGUGAAGAAGAGACACAACCCAGACAGGUUACAGGAGAAAGAGAAACAAGUAGCUGAGAUUAAAGAGAAGUACAAGCCCAAGGAGCGCCAGAGAACCCCAUACGAUGAAUGGCUCAUGAAGAAAGAAAUGGAGUUACUGGAGAAGAUUAAGAUGGGACAACCAGUGAUAUCAUGACAGGACAAUAGAUGGAGUUACUGGAGAAGAUUAAGAUGGAACAACCAGUGAUAUCAUGACAGGACAAUAGAUGGAGUUACUGGAGAAGAUUAAGAUGGGACAACCAGUGAUAUCAUGACAGGACAAUAGAUGGAGUUACUGGAGAAGAUAAAGAUGGGACAACCAGUGAUAUCAUGACGGGACAAUAGAUGU